UAAGGAUAAACGAAAAAAAGAAAGAAUGGUAAUCCUAGCCAAUAUUUCCAACAUAUAAAUCAGAAACAUAUUUGCGUGUAUUAAAAAGGAAAGUGGGAGAGUAGUUUGGGGGGCCGGCAUAGUAAUCGAUCAGAGCCAGUAUAAGAAGGACCCUUAGGUUGAGUGAAUGGUUAAAGGGGUAGGAAUAGGGGAGGGGGUGGUUUAAAAGGAAUAGAAAAGAAAAUAUGGGUAUAGAGGGCGCCGUUCUGGUAAUAUAGGGUUAUCUCGAGAUAACUGGUGUGCUUUAGGUACCGCUGGCGGCGCUACUGUAGUAAAAUUGGAAUAGUGGUGGGGGUAAGAGGUGAGCGUCGCGACGUCGGGCGUCGAGGAUACGGGUAAGCUCGGGACAGGCAGGCCAGGCAGGAGCUACGGCAGGCGACGGCCGGGCGGUCGUUUUAUUGAUCCCGGGGCGCCGCGGCGCUACCCACCCGCGGCGGGAAACACUCCGAGAACUUUCCUUUUCCUCCAAGAGGAUCCCCUUUUUUUGUUUCUCAUCUUUCCGUCCUCUUCGAACGUGUUUCAUCUCGCAGGACGAGAAGAACAUCAGAAAGACAGAGACAGAUAGUAGACAGAUACACAUACGCACAUAUACGUACGUGUACGUAUUCCAAACGUCAAAGGAUUGUCCCGACCUGGUGGUGAAUUGAAAGGAAUUUGGAGUCCCCUUCUCCCCCUCCUCCGUGGACUACUCGUCCGAGUAUUUUAUCUACAUUGUUAUUAACGUUGAAUCAUGUCUGUAAAUAUUUCUUAGUGUCGACGUGGUGUGUAGAUCAUCUUGGAGAUUAUAUCAAAUUAAAACAAGUUACUUCGAGUAAGUAGACGAUAGUUAGAGAGAGGCCCUUUUUAUUAGUAGCGCAGGCCGCUUAUAAUCCUGCGGUAAUCGAAGGGAUAAGAAACGAGAUAGUUGAAGUAAUAUUAAAGUGUUUAAAGGAAGAAGCUUUUUAAGGAUUCGCAUUUGGGAUCCAUGGCGUGAGUAGUUUCAACGAUGAAGAAGUUAUAAGGAAAAGAAAAAAAAGGUGGAUUUUGUUUCUCGGAGGAUAGUGUUAGAAAAAGAGGAAGCUUCUAGAGGAAACUCGGAUAAGAAGAAGAAGAAGAAGGUGGURGUCUUCUUCUCUGUUGCUUGGUGGAACAAAACACCCAAGCCGGGUGUUGCGGAAAGCGCCGCGGCGCCGAAAUGGGCCCUGCCAGUAGUCGAGAACAAAUCGGUGAGCAGAUUGGUGAUGACGAUGGCCUGCAGAUUAAUCCUAAGAGCAAUAUCAUCGGUAACAACAUUAUUACGGAGAGCGAGUAUUCCGUAGAAGAACAAUCGAGGUUAACUGGAGCAGAUGGUGCGGCAGACGAAACUUCCCCGGAAGAUGAAGGAGGAUCAUUAUGCGAAUAUCAUGACAUACCACCACCACCGGACGGCGGCUAUGGCUGGGUGGUUGUGUUUGCUUCAUUUAUGUGUAACAUGAUAGUGGAUGGGAUUGCAUACACGUUUGGAGUUUUCCUUGGCGAAUUCGUUAAAUACUUUGGGGAGGGGAAAGGCAAAACUGCUUGGGUCGGUUCUUUACUCUCUGGCAUGUAUCUUAGUGCUGGACCUGUUGUCAGUGCUCUGACUAACAAAUAUGGUUGCCGGGCAGUAUGUAUGGCAGGAAGUUUUCUAGGUGCAGCGGCAUUUGUACUUUCAACAUUUUCAACAAGUGUAAAUAUGCUUAUGAUGACUUAUGGUGUGAUGGGAGGUAUCGGCUUUGGUUUGAUAUAUCUUCCUGCAGUAGUUUGCGUAGGCUAUUAUUUUGAAACGAAAAGAUCUCUUGCUACCGGCAUUGCGGUAUGUGGCUCAGGGUUUGGCACGUUUGCGUUCGCGCCUCUUGCCACUUUGCUCUUAGAAACGUACAGUUGGAAGGGGGCAAAUUUAAUCUUAGCAGGCCUUAUUUUGAAUUGCGCAGUAUUUGGUGCAAUGAUGAGACCCCUGGAAUAUCCAAAAACAUCAUCCGUAAAGCCAUUGUUACAAAGAAUGGCAGAGGAGAAGAGGUUUCAAAUGGAACGUGGAAGUAUAGGUGGUUCUUAUUUCAUGGUACAACUACCAGAUGGGUCUAUGGAGAAAAGAAUGAAAAUGCCUAUUAAUAUUGAUCCGGGUGUACACUCAAGCUUCAAUUUAGAUCAAUUAGUGCCUGGAACUCCUUUAACACCAGUUCCAACGGUGCCGACUCUACCCACCAUAUCGGAAGUCAAAGUCCAAGAACAUUCAUCCAGUGGGGCAACCAGUAACAGUGGAAGCAUGGAUUUGAAAAAUAUUUCUAACAAAUCGAAGAGUAAAAUUGCUAUCGAGAAAGAAAAGGACAGUGAAAAAACUGAAGGUGAAAUAAUUAAGCCGAUACUUCCGAGAAACGCAUCGCAGCCAGCUUUUACAACGCACGUUCAAGGUUUGCCUAAAAAUGGUUCAGUACCGUUCUUUGACAGAAUACGUAAAACUAGUACAGGUGAAAGGUAUAAACCAAGUUUAAGCGCCAUUAAGAAUUCUAGAACAACCUUGAAUUCUAAUGGUGAUAUUAGAAAAAGUUUGCAUUUAAGGCUUUCCACUAGCAGUGUAUUAGGAUCUCGUAACAACAAUGCAGAAGUUGAGGAUGGUGAAAGCAUAACUUUUACAACAAGUACAUCUCGCAUCCCAAAGGAAAAACCUUUAAUGGUUCGUCCUUUGUCAAGAAAAGAUAUAUUUUACAGUGGCAGUGUUGUUAAUUUACCAGAAUAUCAAAGUCAAAAAUCACUUACUAAUUAUCGUCAAAGUGUCAUUUCAUUACCCAAAUCUGCACGUGAAAUCAAAGAUAUAGAUAUAGAAAAAGGACCUCAACAACCGUUAUGUCCCUGCUUAGUUUUACCUGAUUCAUUUAAAGAAGCGUUAGGAACAAUGAUGGAUGUAUCAUUGCUUAAGGAUCCAGUUUUUCUUCUUAUUGGAAUAAGUAAUGUAUUUGGAAUGGCAGGAUUAUAUGUUCCUUUUGUAUAUCUAGUAGAUGCUGCUAUCUUAGAUGGAAUUGAAAGCAACUCGGCAUCAUUUUUAUUAUCCAUCAUCGGUAUAACCAACACAGUGGGUCGUGUUGCAUGUGGAUAUGUAGCAGAUUUUCCUCAAGUUGAUUCGUUAUUGUUAAAUAAUAUUUGUUUAAUAAUAUCUACCCUUGCUGUAGCAGCAACACCAUUUUGUCAUUCAUACGCAUCUUAUAUCGCCAUGAGUAUAUUCUUUGGUAUAGCAAUAUCUGGUUACAUCUCAUUAACUUCGAUCAUUUUGGUGGAUCUAUUGGGAUUGGAUAAAUUGACAAAUGCAUUUGGAUUGUUGAUAUUGUUCAGAGGAGCUGCCGCCAUUGUUGGUUCGCCAUUAGCCGGUGCUGUUUACGACGCUACUCAAAGUUACAGUAUACCAUUUUUCAUGGCAGGAUUUUUCUUCUUUGUAAGCACUGUCACCAGUUUCAUGGCACCUGCUAUGAAACGGUGUACCACGCCGCAGACGCAACCUGUGAUAUUAGAUACGUUGACACCAAUUGACGAAGAUAUCGAGGAAGAAAAUGAAGAAGAUAUACCGGAAAUUGUUGAAACAGCACCCUCACCUCAAGAUUUACCAGAAAAAGAAAUCAAGCAGAUAGAAUCGGUUUUGUAAACACUGUUAAACGACGACGAUGA